AUGGAUAAUUCUGCUUUAUAUCGUUUAAAAAAUUUAAACAAUCAUAAUAUAAUAUCCGUAUUCAAAGAUCAAUUCAAAAUUGGUCGUGCUACAACUAAUGAUUUGUCAAUUGCAAAUAAUCCAUAUAUAUCAUCAUCUCAUUGUAUAUUUGAAUAUUAUCAUGGACAUCUUUAUGUACGUGAUACAAGUUCUAAUGGUACAUUAAUUAAUCGAUCAAAUAAAAUAAGUAAAAAUGAUCCCUGUGUUGAACUUCAUUCCGGUGAUACUGUACAUAUAGUUUUUCGAAAAGAUGAACCUGAAUCAAAUGUUAUCUUUCAAGUAGAAUUACCAAUAUUAAAUCAAAUUGAAGAACAAUCAAAUAAAGAAUUAUCUUCAUAUGAUGAAGAUACACAAAUGACUUCAUAUCCAUCAAUUCCUCCUUUAUCACCUAAUCAAACUCAAGAAAAUCUUGAUUUAUCUAGUCUAAUGAAUACAAGUGCAGAUGUUGAAUUAAAACCAACCAAAGCAAAAGGCGAACCACGAAAAGAAUUUGCUAUGGAAGCGGGUGAUGAUAUGGAAGAUGUAUUAACAUGUGUAUGUUGUCAAGAUAUGAUGUCGAAUCCAAUAAGCCUAGAACCAUGUUUACAUGCAUUUUGUAAUGAUUGUUAUGCUUCAUGGGAAGCUGUUCAACGAACUUGUCCUAAAUGUCGUGUUAAAGUUAUUGGCAAGAAAAAAAAUUUUGUAAUUAAUGGAAUUUUAGAAGCUUAUCUUAAAGCAUAUCCACAUAAACGACCUACAUCAAAACAAUCUGAUGAGAAUAAUGACGAAUCAACAAAGGCAAAAACCACAAAAAAUGAAGUUGGUCCUGAUGGAAUGUAUUUACAUAAUACUCAAUAUGGAUAUGAUGAUUAUGAUGAUGAUAUGGACGAAGAUGACGAAAUGGAUGAUGACAAUGACCACGAUGAUGAUGAUGAUGAUGAUGAUGAUGAUGAUGAAGAUAAUCAUCAUCAAAUUUAUUUUAAUCCAUUCGUUCUUCCUCCUCCUCCUCCUGUUGCUAAUGUCAGAUUUGUUUGCCGACAAUGUCCACCACAAAUUGCUGUAACUGCUGAUCCAACUGAUUUUCAAUGUCCGGGAAAUCAAAAUCAUAUACUUUGUCAAUGUUGUAUACAACCAAUGCCAGAUCGACGAGAUGAACCUGAUAUUCAUCAACAUUGUGAGAUAUGUAAACAAUUUUUUUGCAAUAUUUAUUUUCAACAAUGUUCACGAGCUGGAUGUCUUGGAUGUUUAAAUCAUUUACGAGAUUUUAAUUUUUCACCUCGUCAUCUUACAAAUUUCGUUAAUGAUAAUCCUGUUGAAUCACAGAUUGUUCAAGAUUAUCUUACAAAUAAUCAUAAGACAAUACGUGAUUUACUUAUUGAAUGUUGUGAUCGUCUUGAUCGAAAUGAAUUUACUUGUUCGAAUAUUGAUCGUAAUGCUGCUGUUCUUUCAUCAAAAGUUGUUUGUUAUAAAUGUGGUUUAAAAAUGUUUAAAGAAUUAGUUUAUCAAUUUCGUGUUCAUAUGAAACAAGAUGAUAUAUUUCCAGUAAUAAUGCGUAAUCGUGAUAAUUGUUAUUAUGGUAAACGAUGUCGUACACAAUAUACAAAAAUUGGUCAUGCACAAAAAUUAAAUCAUGCUUGUGAACAGAUUAAAUUUUAG